AUGACUGAACCAGUCCCUCGAGCGACUGAAGCUCAACAAACACGAGCAUUUGUGAGACGGAAGCGACAACAAGUCGGCAGAGCCUGUGAUGGCUGUCGACUCCAACGGAUAAAAUGUGAUACAAGCGUGCCAUGCCUCAACUGUCGCUCGCGCGGUCGCGAGUGCAGCAACAACAACUCACCUACUGUGUCGACUCUUCCUCAAGCCCAAGAGGAGAUCGAUAAACUGAAGCGUCGGGUGAAAGACCUUGAGGCUCAACUUUUGCAAGCGCGGAAUAGUGACACGCCCGCCUCACAACAACAAGAGCCAACGCCGCCUGGCGGAUCACCAGCUCUCACAAGACCAGCGACCCAGGAAAACACCAAGACCAAAUUUUGGGAUGGCGUGUACCUUCGACCAGCACGAUCACCGCACAGCGCUUGGUUCGGGCCUUCGUCACUUUACUUCUUCAUUCAUCGGCUGAGCACAUUUCUCAGCGCUCAAGCUGAUCACAUGCUCAUUCACCUCGCCAGUAACCUGGAACAAUUGGGUCAGCCGAGCGUAACACAAGACUCUUCACGACUAUUGGCGCCUCUCGCGCGAGUCAACGAGGAAGGCUUCUAUCUCACCCCAGUUCAGGAAGGGUUCUUCAUCAACCUGUAUUGGGAGACCUAUCAUACAUGCAUCUAUGCCGUUGUCGAUGAGGCGAGUUUCAAGGCGCACUAUCAAUCGCUCUACGUCGAUGUACCAGCUGGAUCGCCGAGAAAACCGUCCGUAUUGGUCGAUAUCAUACUCGCCAUGUGUAUGCAGUAUUACACGUCGGCGCUCCCAUGCGGCCAGCAAGGCAACAUCCUUGAAGACAACGAUGCAACCAUGGCCGGUCGAUGGUACUACCGAAGAGCGCAGACCCUCUUGGCGUGCGAGGUCGAGAGCCCAUCCAUCUCAACACUUCAGUGUCAUUUACUCUGCGCAUUGUACGUCUGCGGUGGUUCCUUUCACAACAUGGCCGACACAACCAUUUCCCUCGCAAUCCGAACAGCCUACAUGCUAGGUCUGCACUUGGAUCCGCCGCCCACGAUGCUACGACGCGAGCGUGAAUUUCGACGACGAUUAUGGUGGUCCGUUUUUGAGGCCGAUUCCAAGGUUGGCAUGAAGGUCGGCCGCCCGUUCCUCAUUCGUGACUCGUACGUCAUGCCUGAACUCCCCAGCGAUAGCCUCGAAGCGGCGAUGGAGUCAGGUUCGGCAUUUCCUCCCAUCGGGGACAACGCCACAUGGCUCAGUCUCAAUCUGCAGCGCACGAAGCUAUACCAAGCCGCGAGAGCUCUCAACCAAGCAUUCUACGCGCACCCGCUUAACAUUGCCGAUGGGAACUCCGUCUACGAUGACCCAAGCAUAAUGGAGGAUCUUGCAAAUGCCUGGGGUCCGCGAACAGUUGCUCUCACAGAGUGGACGACACAGAUUCCCCGGGCACUCAAGACUAGCCGAAAAAAUGGCAGCCCCUACUCUCUUGAGGACUCCAUUCUCGACAUCGAGCAAUUUGCACCACAGUGGCUUCAGCGACAGCGCUUGCAAUUGGAACUCGAGUAUCAUCACCUAUGUAUUGGUCUUCAUCGCCCGUUCCUAUCUUUCGCUCUACAACAGGGCAGUUCGGCAACCGCAAUGGCAGCCAAGUGCGCCCAACAUGCGAUGCAGCUCACAGGCAUCAUCCACCAAGUCUUAACCAAGACAUCAAUACUCAACGGCUGGCAUGAAGCUUUCCAGUGGCAAUGGAGCGCCGCGAUGACCUUGGUCGGAUUUGCUGUUGCGUAUCUCAGUCACCCACUCGCGCCAGCAGUCCGGUCAUCAAUAAAGGUUGCUGUCUCUGUUCUCGACAUUUUCGCUCGCAGCUUUGAUGCUGCUUCCAAAGCUGCUGUUAUCGUCCGUACCCUGCACACGAACAUCGAGUCUGUCAUGUCGCAGCUUGGGAUGCAACCGAGCCCGACGACUAUGCCAGCCGUGGAUCCCCUCUUGUAUAAUUUACCUGUUCAGGGAGCAAUGACGAACGCAGUUGCCAAUCAGUUUGACGCGAUCAGUGGAGAUUUCGAUCUUCUGGACAUGGCGAUGAACGUGGACUUUUGGGCUGAUCUCGACAUGCUUCUGCCAGGAACCUCGGGAUCUACAACUGAUACUGUUGCGGCUUAA